GAGACGCUUUUUGUCGCCAUGUUUGUUGUGGGCAGGCGCCUGAGGCUGACGGCUGGCGAGCUGGGCACCGCCGUGCGCUGAAGCUAGAGAUUCCAAAAGGGAGAUCGGGCAGUUCGCUCCGGAGACGUCUGAGAAGAGGGGUUGCUCCCGUGAUCCCAGGCCUAGCUGUUUCCCAUAUUCCUUUAUCCACCUGCGUUUGAAGGAGACCAGACUCCAGCUCCGCCCGGCCCGUGCCAGGUGGUCUGCGGCCCCGAGUCCGUGACCAAGCCCUCCGAGUGAUUAGCCUGCCCUCGGGUGCACCCGCGGUUCCCAACGUGGUGGACCCUUCCAUCCGCAAAGCCAGGGUCCUCCAGAUCGCUCUGGGAAAAGGGAAGGAUGCCACUCUUCUUCCGGAAGCGGAAACCCAGUGAGGAGGCUCGGAAACGCCUGGAGUACCAGAUGUGUUUGGCAAAAGAAGCUGGGGCAGAUGACAUUCUCGACAUCUCUAAAUGUGAGCUCUCAGAGAUUCCAUUUGGAGCUUUUGCAACAUGCAAAGUUCUGCAGAAGAAGGUGCUGAUCGUCCACACGAAUCACCUCACUUCCCUGCUUCCCAAAUCCUGCAGCCUCCUGAGUCUGGCAACCAUCAAGGUUCUAGAUCUCCACGAUAAUCAGCUGACAGCCCUUCCUGACGAUCUGGGGCAGCUGACUGCCCUCCAGGUCUUAAACGUGGAAAGGAAUCAACUGAUGCAGCUCCCGCGUUCCAUUGGGAACCUGACCCAGCUCCAGACUCUCAAUGUUAAAGACAACAAGCUGAAGGAGCUUCCAGACACCUUGGGGGAGCUUCGAAGCCUGCGUACCCUCAAUAUCAGUGGAAACGAGAUCCAGAGGUUGCCGCAGAUGCUGGCUCACGUUCGAACCCUGGAGAUGCUGAGCCUGGACGCCUCGGCCAUGGUCUACCCGCCACGGGAGGUGUGUGGUGCCGGCACCGCGGCCAUCCUGCAGUUCCUCUGCAAAGAGUCAGGGCUGGAAUACUACCCCCCUUCUCAGUACUUGCUACCUGUUCUGGAGCAAGAUGGAACCGAGAACUCUCGGGACAGCCCCGAUGGGCCCACGGACAGAUUCUCAAGGGAGGAAUUAGAGUGGCAGAACAGGUUCUCAGACUAUGAGAAGAGGAAGGAACAGAAGAUGCUGGAGAAACUCGAGUUCGAACGGCGCCUGGAACUGGGGCAGCGGGAGCACGCCCAGCUCCUUCAGCAGAGCAGCAGCCAGAAGGAUGAGAUCCUUCAGACGGUUAAGGAGGAGCAGUCCCGGCUGGAGCAGGGCCUGAGUGAGCGCCAGCGCCACCUCGAUGCAGAGCGGCAGCGGCUGCAGGAGCAGCUGAAGCAGACAGAACAGAACAUCUCCAGCCGGAUCCAGAAGCUGCUGCAGGAGAAUCAGAGACAAAAGAAAAGCUCCGAGAUUUUGAAAUCGCUGGAAAAUGAAAGAAUAAGAAUGGAACAGUUGAUGUCCAUAACCCAGGAGGAGACUGAGAACCUGCGGCGACGUGAGGUUGCCUCCGCCAUGCAGCAGAUGCUGACGGAGAGCUGUAAGAACCGGCUCAUCCAGAUGGCCUAUGAAUCUCAGAGGCAGAACUUGGUCCAGCAGGCCUGUUCCAGCAUGGCCGAAAUGGAUGAACGAUUCCAGCAGAUUCUGUCGUGGCAGCAAAUGGAUCAGAACAAAGCCAUCAGCCAGAUCCUGCAGGAGAGCGCGAUGCAGAAGGCUGCGUUCGAGGCACUCCAGGUGAAGAAAGACCUGAUGCAUCGGCAGAUCAGGAGCCAGAUUAAGUUAAUAGAAACUGAGUUAUUGCAGCUGACACAGCUGGAGUUAAAGAGGAAGUCCCUGGACACAGAGACACUCCAGGAGAUGAUCUCGGAGCAGCGCUGGGCCCUCAGCUCCCUGCUCCAGCAGCUGCUCAAAGAGAAGCAGCAGCGAGAGGAAGAGCUCCGGGAAAUCCUGACGGAGUUAGAAGCCAAAAGUGAAACCAGGCAGGAAAAUUACUGGCUGAUUCAGUAUCAACGGCUUUUGAACCAGAAGCCCUUGUCCUUGAAGCUGCAAGAAGAGGGCAUGGAGCGCCAGCUGGUGGCGCUCCUGGAGGAGCUGUCGGCUGAGCACUACCUGCCCAUCUUUGCGCACCACCGCCUCUCACUGGACCUGCUGAGCCAAAUGAGCCCCGGGGACCUGGCCAAGGUGGGCGUCUCAGAAGCUGGCCUGCAGCAUGAGAUCCUCCGGAGAGUCCAGGAACUGCUGGAUGCAGCCAGGAUCCAGCCAGAGCUGAAACCACCAGCAGGUGAGGUCCUCACCCCUACAGCCCCCCGGGAGCCUCCUGAGUCUGUGAGGCCAUCCGCUCCCCCUGCAGAGCUGGAGGCGCAGGCCUCAGAGUGUGUCGUGUGCCUGGAACGGGAGGCCCAGAUGAUCUUCCUCAACUGUGGCCACGUCUGCUGCUGCCAGCAGUGCUGCCAGCCACUGCGCACCUGCCCGCUGUGCCGCCAGGACAUCGUCCAGCGCCUCCGGAUCUACCACAGCAGCUGAGUCCUGCCCACCCACCUGGGCCUGGUCCUGGCCCUGUCUCGGCCAUUGUGAGCCCCGGGCUCCUGCUCAGCCUUGUGCCAGCCAGACACGUAUGAGGACCCCCCUGCCCUGGGCCCCUUCCCCACCGCCCAGGAGCCCCCACCCUGAGCUCCAAGCAUGUCUGGGCCAGGCAGAGGCGCUCCUAAUCCAUGACACCACUGGUCUAAAUGGUCCCGGGGGCUGGGGCUGGAGAGGCCGCUGCACCACCUCCCGAGCCUGGGAGCCAGCGCCCCAGCCUAAUCACGGAUCUGCUGUCUCCCAGCUAUCUUGGCUGAAGGUCACCACCCCUGCAGGAGCUUGGUCCUCAUCUGGGGACCAUGCGCAGUCCUGUCCCACUCUCCUUGUGGGAAAGGAGCAGGAGGGCCUGGCUGGGUGAGCGGAGGCCGACCUGGGAAGGCGUGCGGUGCAGGCCUGUACUCACCAGCACCCCUGGGCCUCCCUCUCUGCUGCUCCCCAGCACCCUGGGGCCCUCCUGCUCUCCACAUCUGUCCCUCCUUACCCCAUGUAGCUCCGUCUGAAGCAGGAGUGUCAAUAAACCUGUCUUCAGCGUG